AUGACUCCCACAAAUGAAGAUUCCGGAAAGAACCUGUUUUCUACAUCCAGAGGACAGCAACCACCAGUGAAUGAUUCCUUUCCAUCAAUCGAUCAAAAGACUAAACCACAGAUAGAUAUGGAAAAAAUGAGAGAUAUAUUAGCAGAAGAAACUUGUUUAUAUACAAAAGGUGUCCAAGAUACAGAUGUUGAUUGGUUUAUCACCGAUUCGUCGAUAGAUCCAAAUGCUGAUGUGCAACCUCUGGUUAGCACUCCACGAGAGCCAAACUUGAAUUCACAAGUAGCAACAAUCCCAACUUCACAUCUUACUUCAGCUAUUUCGAACUCCAAUGAAAACUACACUAAUAAAACGAAACCAUCAAUUGCUCCAAUUCAGGAAGAAAAUAUUGCAUCUGAUACCUCGCCACGUCAUCAUCGACAUGAAGUAGAACAACAACAACCAAGAAGACGAAGUAGCGUUUCGGUAAGUAGUAGUGGUGGGUUUUUGUCAAAAUUGAAAAGCAGAUUUCAUAAGGAUUCUCCGACUCCGCCAAGCAAUCACCAAGAUGGACUUUUUAAGCCUGGCUAUAGUGUAAAUCCAGAUAAGAAAUCAAAUGAUAGUUCAAACUCCAGCAUUGCUUCAUUGUCAUCUUCACCUAAGUUAGUUUCAGGUAGUAACCUUCAAAGAACAAUGUCCACUCCAGCAUAUACUCACGAUACUUGUGAUCCUCGAUUGGAGGAAUAUAUAAAGUUCUACCGAAAAAGUGAUCGACGUGCAUCUGUUGCUUCAUCAUCCCAUUCAGCCAAAGAUGAAUGCUUGCCCUCUGUUUUAGUUAAUGCAUCUGAACCUACCAAUUAUAAUAAGGCAAAAGAUGAAGUAAGUGCCAGCAGAGUUUCUGGCUUUUUCAAAAGAAGAAAUAGCGUUGCGAUGAAGAAUGGAGAACUCAGUCUGCCGAGAUCCCUGGUUUCUGGUUCAGCCACACCACUGUCACAAGUGAAAAAUGGGUUGGAGAAUAAUCCAAGUUUCCAAGGUUUAAAACCAUUGAAGCGAGUAGCAUUUCAUUCGUCAACUUUUCUAAUAGAUCCACCACAACAGAUUCCCUCCAGAACCCCAAGAAAAGGUAAUGUUGAAGUGUUGCCUAAUGGAACUGUUAACAUACGCCCACUUACUGAUGAAGAGCGACUCGAGAUUGAAAAAUCACAAAAGGGAUUAGGAGGUGGGAUAGUGGUUGGAGGUACAGGUGCUUUGGGUUAUAUAAAAAAAGAUGCAGAUCCGCCCAAGCAAGAUGAACAUGAUUCGAAUGCUCAAGACGAAGACAAUAAUAAUGAUGAAGAUGGGAGUAACCAAUCAUCGGAGUCAAUGCAACUGGACAGUGAACCUUCUGUUGACAAGCAUGCCAAAUCUUUUACUAUAGACACUCCAAUGGCCCGUCACCAAGCUGUUAAUUAUUCAGCACCUAUUAAAAAAAUGGCGCUCGAUACAAUGUAUGCUCGUUGUUGUCAUUUGCGAGAGAUUCUUCCUAUACCUGCAAUAUUAAAGCAAAUACCAAAAGGAUCAAUGGCACCAAUACCUGUUUUGCAGUUGCGUAAUCCAACGCCCACUAUGAUUGAGAUUCAAUCAUUUGCUGACUUUUUGCGAAUCGCCCCUGUGAUAUGUGUUUCCUUGGACGGAGUGAAUUUUUCAGUGGAGCAAUUUAAAAUCUUGCUCUCGGCGAUGAGUGCCAAAAAGCAGUUGGAGAAACUUAGUUUGAGGAAUACUCCAAUUGAUCAGAAAGGCUGGUCCUUGUUGUGCUGGUUCUUAUCAAGAAAUACAGUGUUGAACAGGUUGGAUAUAACACAAUGUCCCUCAUUAUCAGUGAAUACCCUUAAAAAGAAAAAGAAAAAAAACGACAGCAAAUUUGACGAAAACUUGGUAAGAAUGGUAUCCAAUAAAGACAAUCGUUCAGACGUUGAUUGGGAAUUGUUUGUGGCCACUUUGGUGGCAAGAGGUGGUAUAGAAGAAUUGAUUUUAACUGGUUGUCGUAUUACGGACAUUGAAAUCUUUGAAAAAUUGAUAUCAUUAGCUGUGCUGAAGAAGACUUCGAGAUUAGGGUUGGCGUUCAACCAGUUAACUUCUCGGCAUAUGAAAAUCGUUGUUGAUGAAUGGCUUUUUAAAGACUUUGCCAGGGGUAUAGACUUUGGUUAUAAUGACUUCCUGAGUGUUCAUAUGUUAAAGAUUCUUGUUGAUUAUUCAAAACGUCCGGAUUUUGAUGAAAUAUUGCUGAAUUCAGCAUUAUCAUUUGUGAGUCUAAAUUCCACGAACGUGAGUCUUGGGGAUAUUUUUAAAGAAUCUUUUGAACGAGUGUUGAUGAAAUUGCCCAAUUUAAAAUAUGUCGAUUUUUCCAACAACCAAAGAUUGUUUGGAACUUUUGGGAAGAGUGAUAAUGACGAGGCAGAUGCAAAUGAAAUUGCCAGUGUGAAUUAUUUUAUUUCUAAACUUCCCCUUUUUCCUAAAUUGGUUCGACUUCACUUGGAAAACGAGAAUUUUAGUAAAUCAUCAGUUUUGCAAAUUGCGGAAAUACUACCAUUUUGCAAAAGCUUGGGAUACUUUUCUAUUUUGGGUUCUAAACUUGACUUUACUUGUGGAAGCGCAUUAGUUAAUGCUGUGAAGAAUUCGCAGAGUUUAAUUAAUGUGGAUGCGGAUUCCGACAACUUCCCUGACAUCUUUAAAGAAAGAAUGGGAUUAUACACUAUGAGAAAUAUGGAGAGAUUGUUAUACUCUGCUAAAAAGGCAGAUGUGAAAACUCCGUUGUUGUCAGACGACUCACCUUGCAAUGUAUCGAUGACAGAGCAACUACAUGAGAUUCUAUUAUUGAAAUCACAACAGAAACUUGAUUUACAACUGCCAGAAAUUACAAAGUUCAUUGAACGUGCGAGAUCGAUUAGUCAUGAAUUGAGACAAACUAUUAAUGAACUAUUGAGAAUGCAGUUAAAGAAUAGAUUAGAUCUAGAUGGGAAGGAAACUUUAAUUAGAUUGAUAUUCAUAGACUCCAGUAUUGAAAAAGGGUUGCAGUUAAUUGAUCCAAGUUUGGUACAUGAGAACAAUAAAAACGCAGGAUAUUUGACUAGCAUGAUUGGUACGAGAGAGGGAAAUGAAGAAAGCCCGCAAUUUGAGCAAUCUGAUCAUUUAGAUCCUCAGCCAGCAGCAAAUGUGUUAGCCAGCAAGUCACCUUUGGUAAUGUCAAGAUCAAACUCUCGCACAAGUUUGAAUAAUUUAGAUAAAGAAGAAGGGUCUGUUUUGAAAUUGGCCAAGCUUCGAGAUUUCCACAGCCCAAAUUCUCCAUACCCGGAAGCAACAGGAGAGGAAUUGCGAAAGAAAUUGAUGAGUGUUGAAUUGUCUGAUUUAGACAAGGUGAUCGACUUUUUAAGUGAUUUGAAGAAGAAGGGAGUUUCUUUGGAGAGAGUUUUCCAGUCUCAUCAGAAGCAGGGUGGAAGUGGUCAGGAAGAAAAUCUACUCGACAUUGAAAGCAUCAGAUCAAGAUUGCAGAAAUUAUCUGUUGAACAAAUGGACGGACUUUCAAAAGGUACCGAUGCAGAUGAGACUAGCCCAGGAACCGAGAAGACACAUGCAUUGAAUGAUACAUAUGACGAAGUAUUGAAGAAUCUCUUCAAGUAG